CAAAGAAGCAUGCAUAUUAUUAUUAGUUGAUGAUAAACAGGCAUAUUUUUUUCCCCAAACUAUUGAGUAUUGACUUCACUGUUAAGACUUAACUGUUCAAUUAAAGCCAUUAAUUAUAUAUUUGUCUAUAUGCAAAUAGCACUUGCUCGAUUCAAUUGUGACUAAAAAGGAUCAAGCUCGAAUUAUUUUACAGAGGAGAGAGAGGCGUCUGGUACCCUUGACUGUGCUGUAUGAUGGGAGAUGAGAAACCUCUGGGCGUAAUGGGCAGCAACAGCCGGGAAAGAGAUCGCGAGCUUCUAAUUCCGGUAGCCGACGCCGUUGACCACCGCCGCCAUGAUGAGGUUGGCUCAUCCGUCUCCCUCGCCUCCGCUUCCUCCUCUCAUCAUCCCGGCCGAGAGACAGCUUACAAAGUACUGCGUAGCUGGGCUUCAAAGAAAUUCAUGACUGGAUGUGUCAUCCUCCUUCCAAUAGCUAUUACAUUCUAUAUAACAUGGUGGUUCAUUCAUUUCGUUGAUGGAUUCUUCUCUCCGAUUUAUGUUCAACUAGGAAUUGACAUAUUUGGUUUAGGGUUUGUGACCUCCGUUACUUUUAUUUUCUUGGUUGGAGUGUUUAUGUCUUCAUGGUUGGGGGCUUCUGUUCUGAGCCUUGGAGAGUGGUUUAUCAAGCGUAUGCCAUUUGUUCGUCAUAUUUACAACGCCUCUAAGCAAAUUAGUGCUGCUAUAUCUCCAGAUCAGAAUACCCAGGCAUUCAAGGAAGUUGCAAUAAUAAGGCAUCCACGUAUUGGUGAAUAUGCAUUUGGGUUUAUCACUUCAUCUGUUGCCCUCCAGAGUUACACUGGAGAAGAAGAACUAUACUGUGUGUAUGUCCCGACGAACCAUCUAUAUAUCGGUGAUAUAUUUCUGGUCAAUGCUAAAGACGUUAUUCGACCAAACUUGUCAGUCCGAGAAGGGAUAGAAAUUGUGGUGUCGGGUGGCAUGUCGAUGCCCCAAAUCCUAUCUACAUUGGAUCGAAGAAUUCCUCAGAUGGAUAGAAUCAGACCUGAGAGAAACUGAGAUAUUUUCAAUAUAUAUAAUUUUUUUUUUCUUUUUCCGCUGAUCAGCUUCCGUUCCUAUUUUCUCAUUGGCAUGUUCGUUUAGGUUUACUAGUUGUAAUGGCGCCAUCUUGGAAAUGUAAUUUGAAUCAUUUAAAAGGAUGCUUGGAGUAAGAUUUUUUGGUUUUGUUUGGUUAAUUUUUAAAAAAUAUGGUAUGGGUAAUUGUUAGUGA